GCAGUUAGAUAAAAAAAUAUUUUUAUGGCCCAUAAAAUUAUUAUUUCUUUUUUAAGAACGUCAGUUGCAAAGAUGAAUAAGAAUUUAUUACCUCGCCCAAGAAAUAAUUAGAUCAACUACGUUACUGGCUUGAUAAUCAAUAAUAAUCCGAAAAAAUAUAGGGCGGAAUGUUGUAAUCGGGCAAUCCCGUUAACUAUUGUUUAUGUUUUCAAACUAGCAGACGAUAAAACUCGGUUCGAGUCAGUUUUAAAGUCAAAUGUGUCUUUCACGUCAACUCAUAAAUAAAUAAUCCCUUGAGCUUUUUUUAACGUCUAUUCCAAUGGCAGCAACAUCAAUAAUGAAAAUACCUUGUAAAAUGGCAGAACUGUCCCUGGAUAUUUCACUGAAUUGUGGACAGAGUUUCAGGUGGAAAAAAUCCCUCACUGGCGAGUGGAUUGGUGUGUUGGGAGGCUAUUUGUGGCUAAUGACUCAGGAUGAGACUUGCAUCAAUUAUCGUGUUGUCCAACCCCCAGUUAAAAUUGAACCAGCAUCGAGCCCAUCAGCCGUAAAGACAGAGUUGAAGGAAUGUAUUGAUUACGAACACAUACUCAAAGACUACUUUCAAUUGGAUAUUGAUUUGGAAAGUCUUUACAGGCAGUGGUCACUAGCUGAUCCAAAUUUCAAUCAAGUUGCCAAGAAUUUUGCAGGUGUGCGAAUGCUGAGGCAGGACCCCGUUGAAAAUCUGUUUGCAUUCAUUUGCUCGUCAAACAACAACAUCCAGAGAAUCACGGGCAUGGUUGAAAAAUUGUGUGAAAACUAUGGAAAUCAAUUAUUGACGCACGAAGACGUUGCCUAUUAUUCAUUUCCAGCGCUGGAAUCGCUAGCCGCUGACAAAGUGGAAUCUCGAUUGAGAACUCUGGGCUUUGGUUACCGGGCCAAAUUCAUCCAACAGUCUGCAGCCAAGAUUGUCGAAAACGGUGGCAGAGAUUGGCUCAUGAAUUUGAGAAACGUUUCCUACCCUGAAGCUAAAACUGCCUUGAUGACUCUACCAGGAAUAGGCGCCAAGGUGGCUGACUGCAUCUGUUUAAUGUCGCUGGAUCACAGUGUGGCAAUCCCGGUGGACACGCACGUCUUCCAAAUCGCCAAGGCCAGCUACGUGCCGCACCUGAGCCAAACGAAAAGUGUGACGGACAAGGUCUACAAAGAGAUCAGCGCUCAUUUCCAAUCUCUGUUUGGACCGUACGCUGGAUGGGCCCAUUCGGUUCUUUUCAGCGCCGACUUGCGCCAUCUGAAAGCCGAGCCGUCACCGGCCAAGAAAAGGAGCCGUGAAAAAAGUCAAGACGUCAGCAGCAGCAAAGAGAAGCCGAAAAAAAGAUGAAAUCCGCCGCAAGUCUAAGAAAUGAUGGUCGUCGUCGUCACAUAUGUUUGUUGUAACGGCCGAGACAUUUAUGUUUUUUUAAAUGAUGUGUUUGUUUGCGUACAUUGUAAACUAGGAAAAAUACGAAGAAAAUGUUAUUUUGUCAAAGGAAAA